AUGACUAUUAAGUCUUCCCUUUCAACUUCGGAUGAUUUACCUUGUUCUCAGCCUGCUUUCUACAGAAAUUUAGUUGGUGGCCUUCAAUAUUUGACUAUCACUAGACCAGAUCUUGUUUUGGCUGUUAACUAUGCCUGCCAGCAUAUGCAAGCACCCAUAGUUGCUCAUUUUGCUCUAGUUAAAAGACUGCUCUGUUAUGUAAAAGGCAUACUCUCUCAUGGUCUUCAAUUUAGUCCAGGUCUCUUCCAUCUUCAUGCCUUUACUGAUGCCAAUUGGGUUGGUGAUUCUUUCGAUCGCUGGUCCACUUCCGGGUUUUGUGUGUUUUUGGGACCAAAUUUAAUCUCAUGGUCUGCUAAAAAGCAAUCUACAGCCUCUCGCUCCUCUACAGAGGUAGAGUACAAGUCCAUGGCUUCCACCACUACUGAACUUGUGUGGUUGCAGCAAUUGCUUAAGGAUCUUUAUGUUCGCUCUCCUUCUCCUCUUGUCUUAUGGUAUAUCGUUACUAAGCCUUUAACUUCAUCUCGCUUUCAUUAUCUCAAAGACAAACUUAUGGUGCUUCCACGCCUCAUCUGUUUAUGGGGAAAUGAUAAGAGUAUAAGUUCAAAUGACAACAUGCAGUCUCAAUAUGAAGAACAGCUGCCAAGGUCAUAG